UGCUCCUCCAAAAAAGGUUAUUAUGCCCUAGUUUUCUUUUCAAUUUCUCCGUCAUAUUAGAUCAUAUAUAACUUUCAUGCUUUUUAGCCAUCUCUCAUAUCAUCUUAUACAUAUUAAGAUUCACAAGAACUGAGAGAAAAUGGAAUGGACAACGACAAGAAACUUAGAAAACGUGAGAGUUGCUUUUAUGCCACCGCCAUGGCCGGAGUCAAGCUCAUUUAACUCGCUCCAUAGCUCCAACUAUGAUCCUUAUUCAGGAAAUUCAUGCACACCGACAGAUGCGCAAAUCGGACCGGUUAUCUCUGUACCGGAAUCAGAAAAGAUAAUCAAUGCGUACCAAUUUCCGAGCAACGACAACGAGAUGAUAAAGAAGAAGAGACUAACGAGUGGACAAUUAGCUUCACUUGAACGGAGUUUUCAAGAAGAGAUCAAACUAGAUUCAGACAGGAAGCUGAAGCUGUCGAGAGAGCUUGGUUUGCAGCCACGUCAGAUCGCGGUUUGGUUCCAGAACCGCCGGGCACGGUGGAAGGCGAAGCAGCUUGAGCAGCUAUACGAUUCGCUCAGGCAAGAGUACGAAGUUGUUUCUAGAGAGAAGCAGAUGCUGCACGAGGAGGUGAAGAAGCUAAGAGCUCUACUAAGAGACCAGGGAUUGAUCAAGAAACAGAUCUCCGGUGGUGAAGACAUGACGGAGAUUCCAUCUGUGGUGAUAGCUCAUCCAAGAGCAGAAAAUUUAAACAACAAUCAAAUCAAUGGAGAAAAUCAAAUUUACGGUAUUGAUCAAUACAACAACCCGAUGCUCAUCGCUUCCUCUUGCUGGCCCCCUUUCCCGUAAUAGCUUUUGCUUAUCUUAGAGGGAGAGAGUCUUAGACAGAGCUUUAGAUUGGUAGGGACAUUAAAGUCGUGUUAGAUUAAGACAAGCUUUAUUUUUAUAUCACUGCACUUUCUUAAAACAUAAAUGGAACGUUCUUGUGUCCCAA